AUGACAAACAUCCGCAUCAAAGUCGUCUCAGACACCGUCUGCCCCUGGUGCUAUGUCGGCCGUCGCCAGCUUCAGCAGGCCGAACGCCUCUGGAAGCAGAAGAACCCGGCCGACACCUUCACCGUGUCGUAUGAGCCGUACCAGCUGCGCCCCGACUGGCCCAAGGGCCCUUCGUCUAGCAGAGACAAGCAGCAAAUGUACCUGGAGAAAUUUGGCCCGCAGAUGGUGACCCAGAUGCGCGCCCGUCUGGAUGCCGUUGGCCAGAGUCUCGGCAUCAACUUUAAGCACGGAGGCCGCACCGGCAACACCUUUGAUUCGCACCGUCUUGCGCACAUCUCGAAGAAGUACGGCAAUGAGGUUCAUGAAAAGGUCAUUGAUGGCCUCUUUGCCGCAUACUUUGAGAACGAAAAGGACAUUACCGACUACGCUGUUCUCAAGGACGUCGCUACCACCGCGGGAAUCCCGGGCGACGAGUUCGACAAGGCCAUCACCAACGGAACCGACGGCGCCGCUGAGGUUGAGCGCGCCGUGAUCGAGGCUCAGAUGAGCGGUGUGAACGGUGUCCCUGAUUUCACUAUCCAGGACCGCUUCAAGGUCAACGGUGCCCGUGAGCCAGAGGCCUUCUUUGCGGUCUUUGAAAGGGCCAAGCAGCUCGAGGGUUAA